CUCUUACCCUAAGGACACCUGGUGCGGCGGUAAACAAAAAGAGCUAGUAGCCCUAUGUACUGAUCCCGGCAGUGUGACUGCAUACUCCCUCAAUGCUGUCAGUUGGAUCCCAAUUUCUAUUUCUACUGGAUUCUAAGGAAUGCCUGGUGGUCCCAGAGAUUUCAUAAUGGUUACGGAGCCUUGGAUACUGUCCUCUGAAAGAUGUUUGCUGGUCUCAGAACAGUGAUUCUUAUACAGAUAUGUUAAGGCAUCCACCACUUAUUGUAAUAGAGGAAAUAAUGCUGUUCUGACAUUGAGAUAUGGCCACAAAACCAAUGGACUUACUGACAGAACUUCAGCUCCUAGAGAAAGCAUCUACCUUAGAGAGACUACGUGCUGCAAAGAAAAGGAGAGAGCAACAGCUGAAGAGGUGGGCACAAAGUGAGAGGGAAGAAGAGAACAGGAGGCGACGACAGCAGAAAGCCAGAAGGAAGACUCCCACCAGGAGCAAGAGAGUGUCUUUCCCUUCUCGGGUCACCCUCCAUGAGGCUUGCUUGAGAAAUGACCCAGAGGAAGUCCUGUCUUUACUUCAGAGUAAUGUGGACCCCAACCUGUGUAAUGAAGAUGGCUUGACAGCUCUGCAUCAGUGCUGCAUUGAUAACUAUGAAGAUCUUCUCAAGUUGCUGUUAUCACACGGUGCUAAUGUUAACGUCACAGAUAAUGAGCUCUGGACUCCUCUUCACGCGGCAGCCACCUGUGGUCAUACUAACCUGGUACGGAUACUUAUUCAACACGGUGCAGAUCUGCUGGCAGUAAAUGCAGAUGGUCAUAUGGUGUAUGACUUAUGUGAGGAUGAAGCUACACUGAAUGUCAUAGAGAACUGUAUGACCUACAAAGGUAUCACACAAGAAAUGGUUAAUGAGGCCCGGCAGGCUCCAGAGUGUCACAUGCUGAAUGAUAUCAGAGCGCUGGUAGAAGCCGGACAGGACCUGAACAGAACAGACAGCCAAGGAGCUACUCUGCUUCAUAUUGCAGCCUCUAGGGGAUUCGCAGAAGUGACAGAGACUUUGCUUGAAAAUGGGGCUCAUGUGGAUGUGCAAGAUUUUGACCUAUGGGAACCUUUGCAUGCUGCAUCCUUUUGGGGUCAGAUCUAUGUGGCUGAAGUUUUGGUCUCACAUGGUGCCAGCCUUAGCAGCAAGACUACUUUGGAGGAAACACCUCUUGAUCUAUGUGAGGAUGAUGAGCUUCGUUCUUUGCUCCUGGAGCUGAAGCACAAACAUGAUCUGAUUAUGAAGUCUCAGCAGAAAAACAAGUCCUCCCUGAGCCGUCGGAGCUCCAGCACUGGGAGUCAUGGAAAGGUGGUACGACGUGCCAGCUUGUCAGAGAGGACAAACAUGUACAGGCGUGAAUAUGAGAAGGAGGCUGUAGUGUGGCAGUGCCUGGUCUCUGCAGAAGACACUGAUGGGAUGCAAGAAGAUGAGGAGAGCAGCCCUGAUAUACAAAGGAGAGAACCUGUGGAUCCUAACACAGUCAUGAUGACUCCAGAAAACUUUACAGAAAGCAAGUUCCGGAAUGGGUUCUGCUCUCCAAUCCCUCCUUUUUAUUGUUCCCAAACCAUUAGUGAUUCACCCAUCCCCACCUCACUAACUAACGGUAGUACCAACCACUCCCUGUCCUCUUAUUCACAAAGUCCUUUAUGGAGUGACAUCUUGGACCAGACCCCACUUACCCUUUCAGAGCUGAAGAGGCAGAGAAUGGCAGCCAAGCAGGGGAGAUACAUUGCAAGGAGCACUAGUGACUUGCUUGGCUCUGGAAAUAUAGACUACUCUAGUGACCCCGGGACACCACCCUGGUGCUCUAAUGGUACUUCUGUGUAUUACACACAUGCCAGUGGUGACCCCCCAGUUUUACGGCUCAAAUCUCAAGUUGAAGAUGAAGGAGAAGAGGCUGCCGGUGUCUUACGAUGUUGUCGGCUGUCAUGACUGCAGGUAUAUAGUACUUUGCAGGAUAUUGUAUCUGUGUUAUAUGCAGAGCAAGGUAUGCAUCAAUGUGUCAGUUUAUAUGUAGAAAUACAUAUACUGAACAUGCACUGGCCUAUGUGUAUGUGUACACAGAAUUCUGUAGAUCUGUACAUAAAGGACUUUAUGAAAAUGUACAUAGUUUGGGUUAUUAUACUUUCCUGUGCAUAAAGAAUUACGUCUACCUGACUAUGUAUAACUGCGAAUAUAUAACUUUUAGCACUUCAUUUGUUGUUGAACUACAAUUCUCAAAUCUUCAGGUAGUAAACUUGUUGCUGAAAGAGCAGCUCUGGUGCCAACAGUAUCAUGCUUUGUAUAUACAAUGUGUCUAUAUAGACACAAGAAUGUAAUACAGUUAUAUGAAUACCUUCUCAUGUAAUUUUAUGUACAAAUGUAUGUGUAUUUAUGGAGGUAAAUCUGAACAUGCACAGUAGUGUGUGUUUGUAUAUAACAGGAUAUUAUAUAUACAUAUAAAAGGAUGUAUAUAUACCUAUAAAAGUAUUGUAUGUGUGUUUAAUAACAGAAAUGUGUUUCUGCAAUACAUCUAUGUAUGCAGAAUAGAAUGUAUCAUGGAUGGGCUAGCUUUGGCAUGGUGGCUCUAGAUGAUAGUACCGAAUUGUAAAAAGUAUGUGGCAAUUACAAUUAUACAUGCAUCUCACACAAAUAGCAGCAUGGGAUAGGAACAUGUACAGCAAUACCUGUGGACUGGAACAUGUCUCAGGGCAUUCAUCAGCAUAGUACUCAGAGCAAUGUACGGUAGGCAGGAGACAUGUAUAAAAGUUUGUACUCUCAAGAAACUUAAUAAUUGCUAAAUAAAUAUAAUAAAUCUCGCAUCAUUUCCUUUUCUAAUAAACAUGAUUUUAACAAAA